AAGACCGUGUAGCAGACACAUCUGUUUUGACAUUUAACAGGUGAGCUCGGGAGUGCUGUCUGGAUAGUCCGGAAUCGGUUCGGUGUCACGAUGUUAGACCCGAGAGCACUGCACGAUGGGACCAAACAAGUCUCUACCUUUGCUGUUGCCAUACCUUUCAUCCUAGUUACGACCUUGGUCAUGAUACUUCGGCUUCAUGUACGAUUACGCCUCCUGCAGGGUGGGUUAGGUAUAGACGAUUGCUUGCUCCUCAUCGGGUACAUAUUCACGAUCGCACUCUCCAUAGCCACGAUGAUCUGUGGAUGGUAUGGAGUAGGCACUCAUUGUAGGCAAACUAACAGCGACCGGUCUGAGAUACUGACGAUGAAUACAGUCAGAGACAUACCUACCGAAAAUAUGACACCACUACUCAAGUCAAAUUACUCGACUCGUCUGCUGUACACCAUCGCUCUUGGCUUCGUUAAAUCUAGCAUUCUUGUCUUCUAUAUGCGGCUCGAUCAUCGCAAAUUCACCAGAUUGGCCGUUUGGUUCCUUCUGGCCUUCGUAGUAGCGUUGUCUAUCACAACCUUCUUCUUUCUCGCAUUUGUAUGCGUUCCGCCAUCCUUGUUCUGGGACUUGGUAGGACAAGCGGCAGCGCCAGAAAAAUGCUUGGACCAGUCAACACAGCAGAUGUUUUUCAAUCUGAAUGGGAUAUGCAACAUCAUACAAGAUAUCAGUAUAUACCUGCUUCCAAUUCCGAUGCUGUGGAAUCUUCAAAUGCCGCUGCGUCAGAAGCUGGCUCUUGGGGCGCUUUUCAGCGUUGGACUUAUCGCUGUCGCAGCUAGCUGCGUACGCUUCUACUACGUCCUUUUCCUUGCCAACGAAGCCGAUAUCUGGUAUUACAUGGCCGACUCCCUCAACUGGUGCAACAUCGAGAUCUACGCUGCGAUUAUCUGUAGCUCUGCGUCGACCUUCAAGGCCUUGCUCAAGACCUACCUACCCAGAUUUUGGGGUUCUUCGCAAAGGAGCGCUCCUGAAGACGCCGACCACAGCUACGAUCGGUCGGAUAACGGGCGUUUUUCGAUGAAACCGCAUGGCACGUCCUCGUCAACCAAGUCGCACAGCAAUAGGAAAUAUGGAGUCACGGAUCUGACAAAUAUCGAAAAUGAGAGCGAGGAGGCCAUUGUGACGAAUGCGAACGCACAAGUACGUGUGAGCCGACGGAAAUAGUUGGGUGUAUCAUGCGAUGUUGGUUGAGACGAGGUCGAAUGAAAAUGCAACUGUUGACCAGCUACUCCUGGGAGCUAUC